AUGGCACUAUCCAGAUUCAAGCAGCCGUAUUUCGGCUUGAAGGGCGGAUGGCUGACGUUCUGGAUUACUGUUGCAUGCGCUACAGACAUGUCUUUGUUCGGUUAUGACCAGGGUGUUUUCAGUGGCGUCGUCAUCUCUGAUGAUUAUCUCAAAGUCCAUAAUCUCGAAGGCGACGACAAGACAGAUCUAAGUGCCAUUGUUACGUCAAUCUACGCUAUUGGCUGUACAGUAGGUGCGAUUGUUGCCUUCUCCAUAGGCGAGGGCAUGGGUCGCAAGAAGAGCAUCAUCUUUGGUACCACAAUCAUGACUAUCGGUGCUAUUCUUCAAGCAUCUUCGUUCAGCGUUGCUCAAAUGAUUGUCGGGCGUAUCGUCAGUGGAUGGCUUAUUGCCCACGGCCGUGAGAAAGAAGCAGCACAAAUUCUGGCUGACCUCGACAACAAGUCCAUUAACGACCCUUUCAUUAUCGCUGAGAGAAAGGAAAUCAUUUACAGCGUGGAAUAUGAGAGGAAGAAUGCGAUCAGAUGGAGAGAUAUUCUCCGUGGUCGGACGCAGCAAGGCACAAAGACAAUUCGCAGACUUCUUCUCGGUGCUGGCACUCAGGCUCUUCAGCAAUUUGGAGGUAUCAACAUCAUGAGCUACUACCUGCCUACCCUUCUUAUAAACUCCGUUGGACUCGAGGAUAGCAUGGCUCGACUAAUCGCUGCUUGUGCAUCUGUCGCAUACUUGUUUGCAUCGGGCAUUGCUGCACCAAUGGUAGAACGCUUCGGACGUCGAAUCAUGAUGAUCGUCUCUACAGCCAUCCAGUUCUUCUGCUUCCUGAUGAUGACCAUACUGCUCUACUACAAUGAGAAGCCGGGCUAUCCCCAUUCGCAAGAGGUGGCCAAAGCAUCCGUUGUAUUCUUCUUCAUCUACUACAUGGGUUUCGGUUUGGGCAUGCUUGGCAUCCCUUGGCUAUAUCCAACUGAGAUCAACUCUCUGCCGAUGCGAACUAAGGGUGCAGCUGUCGCCACCGCGACGGACUGGUUAACGAACUUUAUCGUGGUCGAAAUCACACCUGCAGGCAGCAAGAAUCUGGGCUGGAAGUUUUACAUUAUCUUCACAGUUCUUAACGCCGCAUUCAUGCCGAUCCUGUAUCUUUUCUACCCUGAGACUUCUGACCGAACUCUUGAGGACUUGGACGCCUUCUACAGAGACAACCCGCCGCUAAUUGUUGUGGGUCAUAAGGACUCAACCUCGCGGAGACGGCCUGCCAAGUAUGCAGAGUGGCAGAAUCGGGAUAUUGAGGAAGCUGCAGUGGCCACUGGCGCCAUGCGACGGGACUCUGACAAGGCUGUCCCUGAGACUGCUCACAAUGAGACGGAGAAGCAAUCAUGA